AUGAAGGUAGUAAAUUUAAAACAAGCCAUUCUGCAAGCAUGGAAGGAGCGAUGGACAGACUACCAGUGGGGCAUCAACAUUAAAAAGAACUUUCCAAAAGGAGCAACAUGGGACUAUCUCAAUUUAGCAGAGGCCCUUAUGGAGCAGGCAUUGAUCGGCCCUUCACCAAACCCUCUUAUCCUCUCUUAUCUCAAAUACGCCAUAAGUUCCCAGAUGGUGUCUCAUUCUAGCGUACUCACAGCCAUCAGCAAGUUUGAUGAUUUUUCAAGGGAAUUGUGUGUGAAGGCACUAUUGGAAAUAAUGGACAUGUUCUGCCAUUGUCUCAGCUGCCACGGGAAGGCAGAGGAAUGUAUUGGAUUAUGUCGUGCCCUUCUGGGUGUGGUGGUGUGGCUUCUGCUGGGCUGUUCCUGGUAUUGUGAGAGGCUCCGGGAACUGGGCCCAUCAGCCGGCACAGAGACAAGUCUCAGGGCCUGUCAGGAGAGGCUACACAACCUGACAAGCAGUGCCAAGAACAGAGCCCUGGUCCACAUCGCUCGGCUGGAAGAACAAGGCUCCUGGAGUAAUGUCGAGCAAGCCAUGCAGAAAGUAACAGACAGCCUCAACAGUCUGACCAAUCAGACACUGAGAACCAAACUAGAGGAAAGCGUGUCCUUGGUGAAGGGCAUUCCCCAUAUGCUGACAGUGCAGUGUGACCCCCCACUCCAUGCCUCCUUUCCCUCCGUCCAUGCCUUCAUCAUGCUGGAAGGGACCAUGAACCUGACGGGGGAGACGCAGCCACUGGUGGAGCAGCUGAUGAUGAUCAAGAGAAUGCAGCGUAUUCCUGCCCCCGUCCUGGUGCUGGAGAUCUGGAAAGCCUGUUUCACUGGCCUCAUCGAAUCACCCGAGGGCACCGAGGAGCUGAAAUGGACCGCCUUCACCUUCCUUAAGAUCCCACAGGUUUUACUGAGACUGAAGAAGUAUCCUCAGGGUGAAAAGGGACAGGACUUCAUGGAAGACGUAAACGUUGCCUUUGAAUACCUGCUGAAGCUCACGCCCCUGCUGGACAAAGCUGACCAGAGAUGCAAUUGUGAUUGCCUCAGUAUGCUGCUGCAGGAGUGUAAUAAGCUGGGCCUGCUGUCAGAUUCCAACACGGCCAACCUCACCUCGAAACGGGAGUACACCCCAAGGCUGAAGACAGCAGAAAAUGCCACCAUCCAGCCUAACCCCGGUCUCAUACUGAGAGCAGAGCCCACAGUCACUAACAUCCUCAAGACUGUCGAUGCAGACCACUCCAAGUCCCCGGAGGGCCUCUUAGGGGUCCUGGGUCACAUGUUAUCUGGCAAGAGCUUGGAUCUGCUGCUGGCGGCAGCUGCUGCCACUGGGAAACUCAAAUCAUUUGCACGGAAGUUCAUCAAACUGAAUGAGUUUCCCAAGCACAUCAGCGGAGAAGGAUCCAAGUCUGCAUCAGUCCGAGCCCUGCUCUUUGACAUCUCCUUCCUCAUGCUGUGCCACGUAGUGCAGACCUACGGCUCCGAGGUGAUUCUGUCAGAGCCCAGCCCCUCGGGUGAGACCCCGUUCUUUGAGACGUGGUUGCAGACCUGCAUGCCAGAGGAGGGGAAGACCCUAAACCCAGACCACCCCUGCUUCAGGCCUGAGUCGGGCAAGGUGGAGAGCCUAGUGGCCCUGCUCAACAGCUCCUCAGAGAUGAAGCUAGUUCAGAUGAAAUGGCAUGAAAUCUGCCUGAGCACGCCAGCGGCCAUCUUGGAGGUCCUGAACGCCUGGGAGAACGGUGUGCUCUCUGCAGAGGCUGUACAGAAAAUCACAGACAACAUCAAGGGGAAGGUGUGCAGCAUGGCCAUCUGUGCGGUGGCAUGGUUGGUGGCCCACGUCAGGAUGCUGGGGAGGGAUGAGCGGGAGAAGCCUCAGACCAUGAUCAGACAGCUGGUCACCCCAAUUUAUGGCGAGAACACUCUGCAGUUCUACAACGAACGGGUGGUGAUCAUGAGCUCCAUUCUGGAACGCAUGUGCGCAGAUGUCUUCCAGCAGACGGGUCAGGUCCUACGGGCCCCAAUGGAGGGCCAGGAACCCAUCCCGUACCGCAACCUGCUGCCUUCCAAAGAGCCCAUCGACCAGGCCCUUAGCAAGCAGUUCCAGGCAGUGCUGCGCAAGGGCUGGGUGGACAGCCGCGCUCUUCACCUGUUUGAGAGCUUGCUGCACAUGGGAGGAGUCUUCUGGUUCACCAAUAACCUGGUCAAGGAGUUGCUCAAGGAGACGCGGCAGGAGUGGGCCAACCGGGUGGUGGAGCUCCUGUACAGUAUCUUCUGCCUGGACACCCAGCAGAUCACCCUAACCCUGCUGGGCACCAUCCUGCCCAACCUGCUGACCGACCCGGCCCACUGGCACAGCCUGGUGGAUCCACCUGGCAAUGCUCUGGCCAAGUUGUGUGUUUGGUGUGCACUCAGCUCCUACUCAUCUCACCACAAAGGCCAGGCUUCGGCCCGGCAACGCAAGAGACAGAAAGAAGAUAUCGAGGACUACAGCAGCCUCUUCCCCCUGGAUGACACACAGCCCUCCAAACUGAUGCGCCUGCUCAGCUCCAAUGAGGACGAGCCGGUGACCCUCUCUAGUCCAGGGGACCGGUCGAUGAGCAGCUCCCUGUCGGCCUCCCAACUUCACACCGUCAACAUGAGGGACCCGCUCAACCGCGUGCUGGCCAACCUCUUCCUCCUCAUCUCCUCCAUCCUGGGCUCUAAGAUGGCAGGUCCCCACACACAGUUUGUCCACAGUUUCAUGGAGGAAUGCGUGGAGUGUCUGGAGCAAGGGAGCCGCGGAAGCAUCCUGCAGUUCAUGCCCUUCACCAUGGUCUCGGAGUUGGUGAAGCUUCCUGUUCUGGCCAAGCCGAAGGUGGUCCUGGCCAUCACAGACCUCACCCUGCCCCUGGGCAGAAGGGUCGCCGCCAAAGCCAUCGCCGCCUUAUAGAUGGACCUGAUGGCUGCAAGCUCAGCUCCUCUCCCAGUACCACAGCAAACCUGUGAUUUUGAUUUUUUUUUUUUUGGAUAUACAGUGGCUUGCAAAAGUAUUCAUACCCCUUGAACUUUUCCACAUUUUGU